GCUCUUUGGGGGCAAAAGGAAGGGGCCUAGGAGAGGAACAUGGCUCUGCAAAGGGCUGGGAACAUUUCCCUUCUUUCUUUCCAGGCAGCUAAGGACUGGGACAAGCGGUGGCAGGCAUAGCUGUGGGGGCGGCCCGUCUGCAUACCAGCCCUGGAGCAGCACUGCCCAAAAAGCAGAUGAAGAGCUGGGUGUGAAACUGCAGGCUUGCUUUGUGGGCAUUGCCUGGAAUGGUGGUGCUGCUUGGCACCCAAACGUUCAGCUGAAAUGCUAGAUCCAGUGGGGCGGGGGUUCCUGGUCAUCUGCACAGCUCUGUGGUGGUGGCAGGUGAUGGCAGGCAGCCUUCCACCUCCAUGUGACAGCCGCAUCUACUGCACUGGAGAGUUGCUGCAGCAAGUCCAGCUGGCCAGGCUCUUUCAAGACGACAAAGACUUUGUUGACAUGCCACUGAAGUCCAAUCCAGAUGUGGUUCUCAAGCAAUUUGAGGAAUUAAUGAAUGCCACACCCGGUGGGGCCUUACCCAAACUGCAGCUGGCACAGUUUGUGGGGACUCACUUCUUUCCUCCAGGGCAGGACCUGGAAAGCUGGAUACCUCCAGACUGGACAGAUAGCAUCCCCCUCAAGAGGAUUUCAGAUGAGAAGUUGCGGUCCUGGGCCCAGGUCCUGAACGCCAAGUGGAAGCAGCUGGGCAGGCGGGUAAGUGAACCCCAAUGUUCAAAUGCUCCUUGGUGUUACUCUCUGAUCUAUGUGCCAAACCCAUUGAUUGUGCCUGGGGGCUGGUUCCAUGAAUAUUACUACUGGGAUUCCUUCUGGAUCCUGGGAGGCCUCCUCCUCUCCAACAUGACAGCUACAGCCAAGGGCCUCAUCCAAAACUUCCUCUAUCUAGUCAGCCAAUUUGGGCACAUCCCAAAUGGCGGCCGGGUGUACUACGAGCAUCAAAGUCAGCCGCCACUUCUCACCCUAAUGAUGGAGAGCUACCUGAGCUACACAAACGACACUGAGUUUCUACAGCAAGUAUCUUUGAACCAACUGGUGACCAGGACUCUUGGGCUGCAGUUUAGCUUGCAGAACUGGAUCCCCUUCAACCUUUCUCCCCUUCCCCCCACCAGACCAGAGUCCUACAUGAAAGAUAUCGAGCUGGCAGUGGGCUUAGAGGAAAGUAAUUGCCUGAUCAGGCUCCUGGUGAGGGGAAUGGCUUGGAGAAGGCGUCGUGGAAAGGAUAUUGAUGUAAUGGCAGAGGCUUGCCAGCUAAAAGCCCAACAGGGCUUUUGGGCAGAGCUGCAGAGUGCGGCUGAGUCGGGCUGGGAUUUCUACUCCCGCUGGUUCUUGCCAGGCUCCCCACCACUGCAGGACUCACUACAAGGCACCAGAGUAAGGGGAGUUGUGCCGGUGGAUUUAAACGCCAUUCUUUGCAAAGUCGAGCAGCCGUUAGCCACUUUCUACCAAGUCCUUGGGGAUGGUGAGAAAGCGAGCUGGUUCUGGGCUGCGCGGAAGCAGCGAGUGGCUGCCGUCACUGCUGUCCUGUGGAAUGAGGAUGCUGGUGUCCUGGUGCACAACCGGGCCUUCUACCCCUCCAAGCUAAGCCCCCUGUGGACUGAGUGUGGCAUGGAUCUGCCCAGGACAGAGAAGGCACUCCACUACCUGGAAAGUUCGGCCCUAUCCUACACUAACGGACUGCCCACCUCCCUGACACAGAUGGGACAGCAAUGGGACCUUCCAAAUGCCUAGGCCCCUGUCCAGCACAUGGUGGUCUUAGGUCUGGCCAAAUCCUCCUCUCCCCGGGCACGAGAGCUGGCCUUCAGCCUGGCUCAGCGCUGGCUGCAGAUGAACUUGGCUGUCUUUGAGAAGUAUGGAGGUAUGUUUGAGAAGUAUGAUGUCGAAGGUGAUGGGAAGCCAGGUGGUGGUGGGGAGUAUCCAGUGCAGGAAGGGUUUGGCUGGACGAAUGGGGUGGCCCUGCAACUGCUAGAUCUGUAUGGAGAGCAGCUCACGGCUGCCAGCUCUCUCUGCUCUCCCUCCUGGCCCUGGAUUGGGGCCUGCCUUAUCCUGGUCCUGUUCUCACAGCUUCCUGGAUUGUUUUCGGUGAUGGACCUGUCCAAUGGGAAGUCGUCCCUGGCAAGUGUGGGCCAGACGGUGGUGCAUAUGCAUAGGCAAUAA